GCUCACUUUCUCUCUUUGUCUCUGUCUCGCUGUGCAUUGUUUUCGCAAUCAAUUCCCUGGUCAGCUCCGCUUUCGUUUCCUCGCACACACCCACACACAUUCUUGUGGAGGAGGGUGGCCAUAUUGAAUCAUCCCCACGCAGACAGACACACAGACCGACAGACAGACGGACGGACGGAGUGCCGCAGUGUCGGACUGGCUGACUCUUCACCUCUCAGGGACAGUGGGACGGAGCGCUGAAGGAAGGCAGAGAGGAGAGGAGAGGAGAAGAGAAGAGGAGAGGAGAGAGAAUAGGGGAGGAAGGAAACAGCCUCCCCCUCUUCCCCCCCGGGCUAGGAGGCGGAGGAGGAGGAGGAAGAAGAGGAGAGUAGUAACAGCAAUAGCAGCUCUGGAGCCAUGUUUUUGUUCGAUUGGUUUUACAGCGUGCUUGCGACCUUAGGGCUAUGGCAGAAGGAGGCGAAAAUCCUGUUCCUCGGCUUGGAUAACGCGGGCAAGACCACGUUGCUACACAUGCUCAAGGAUGAGAGGUUGGCCCAGCAUCAACCGACGCAAUAUCCUACAUCGGAGGAGUUGAGCAUUGGAAAAAUUAAGUUCAAAGCGUUUGACCUGGGUGGUCACCAGAUCGCCAGACGAGUGUGGAAGGAUUACUAUGCCAAGGUUGACGGCAUCGUUUACUUGGUGGAUGCAGCGGACAAAGAGAGGUUUUCAGAGUCAAAGAAGGAACUGGAUGCCCUGUUAUCAGACGAUUCGCUGGGCCAGGUGCCUUUCUUGGUUCUUGGGAACAAGAUUGACAUCCCAUAUGCUGUUUCGGAAGAUGAGUUGCGGUAUUCAUUGGGACUAAGUAAUUUCACCACAGGCAAGGGCAAGGUGAAUCUGGGAGACACCAACAUGCGACCCAUUGAAGUUUUCAUGUGCAGUAUUGUAAGGAAGAUGGGGUAUGGCGAGGGCAUCAAGUGGAUGUCACAGUAUAUCAAGUAGGUUCUGAUACAGGUGGCAAGGCCUGGAGCGUGAAAGGUCUCAAGGGUUUAUGAUAGCAGGUUGCAGGUCGGUGGAAUUAUACAGAGUUUUCGUUUUGACGUGUGAAGUGUAGGGUGGGAAUCGAAAUGAUAACUUCUAUCAGAUUGUAGACGUCACAUAUUACUUAAGAUUGUGCUUCAUAGAUGUUACUCUGUCAGUGUUGUUGGCAUGGCCACAACAUGCUCUGGGUGGCUGCUUCUGAGAUAUGCCUUUUGAAGUCAGGAGUUUUUUUUUUUUUUUUUUUUUUUUUUUUUAGCACAUGGGAGGCAAAUUUCCGAAAAGCUGCUAGGCGCAUGCUGUGGCGCCUUGGAGAAAAACAGAUCGAGCUCCUUAAGUUUGUUUAGUAACGGACCUUGAUUGGAGUUUAGUCUACCUUCAUCACCGGAGAGUGGUGAGGUUGUUGACCUGCAUUAGGUUGCUAGUAGGCGCGGCAACAGUGGAGACAGGUUCGAACAUCUGUUAGGCCAUUUGGUCGUGUUAUAAACCAUUCUGUAAAAUCUAUUGUCAGUUAGACACUGACUCAUCUGGACAAUCUUGUGCCACCAAAUAAACCUUGAUGUCAACAAUUAUGGCUAACAUUGCCAUCAAUGUUAA